AUGCCAAUACUAAAGAGAAAUCAGGAAAGAGAAAAGCAAACAACUUCAUAUACUAAUCUUCUUACCAGACAUCUUGGUUCACGGGAAGCACCGUUCGACGAAGGCAGUGUUUUAGAAAAAAUUAUUGAUUUGAGGGAACAUGAUUUGCCUUAUCAAAUGAGGGUGUGCAUUGAUCUGGAAAUAUUCGUAGGUCUGUGGUACCGUGUAACAGGACGAGAUUUCGAUCGGAAACCAAAAAUAACUCGUCAUCCAACGCUAAUCGAUCCACCAGAACCAAUUAUUUUAGCUUAUGACAUUGAAGUUACAAAGUUGCCUUUGAAAUUUCCGGAUAGUGCUAUUGACGAAAUAAUGAUGAUUUCAUAUAUGGUCAAUGGAAAUGGUUUCUUAAUUAUUAAUAGGCAAAUUAUUUCCACCGAUGUGGAUAAUUUUGAGUACACUCCAAAGCCGGAGUACAAGGGAAUAUUUCGGGUGAUCAAUUUGCCUGACGAAAGAGCCGUUAUCGAAUAUUUUUUUGACCACAUAAUUCGACUGCGUCCAUCUGUGUUCGUUACUUACAACGGUGAUGCAUUCGAUUGGCCUUUCGUGGAGGCUCGUGCAGCAGUAUAUGGUUUAAAUAUGCCAUCUAAAAUUGGUGUUUCUAAAAAUUCUUCUGGUGAAUACAGAACUACAAACGCAGUCCAUCUUGAUGCAUUUAAAUGGGUGAAGCGUGAUAGUUAUCUUCCAGUGGGAAGUCAGAAUCUGAAAGCCUGUACAAAAGCUAAGCUUCGAUAUGACCCAGUUGAGCUUGAUCCUGAACAGAUGUGUGCAAUGGCCAAAAAUGAACCUCAAACACUGGCAAAUUAUUCAGUAUCUGAUGCAGUAGCAACCUAUUAUUUAUACAUUAAAUAUGUCCAUCCAUUUAUCUUUGCACUAUGUACAAUUAUACCUUUGGGUCCUGAUGAUGUACUUCGUAAAGGUUCUGGCACAUUGUGUGAAGCACUUUUGAUGGUUAAAGCAUUUCAUAACAAUAUCAUAUUUCCGAAUAAAUCCUUGCACUAUGGAACAAAGUAUACUGGUGAUGGACAUGUGAUUGAAAGUGAAACAUAUGUUGGAGGCCAUGUUGAAGCUUUGGAAUCCGGUGUUUUCCGUGCCGAUAUUCCGGAAAAAUUUCGAAUCGUGCCGGCUACAAUCCUGGAUUUAAAACGAGAUGUUAGAAAAACGUUAAGUGAUUCAUUGACUCGUGAGCUUGGUGUUAAUAUGAAUGAAGUCGUUGAUUUCAAUACUGUUGCAAGUAAGAUUGAAACGCAGCUUGAUGACUUUAUUAAAAGGCCUCUACGUCUUGAAAUUCCGAAAAUUUACCAUUUGGAUGUGGGUGCAAUGUAUCCUAAUAUUAUACUUACCAAUCGUCUUCAACCAUCAGCAGUUGUUACAAAUGAAGAUUGCAUUGCUUGUGUAUACAAUUCACCGGAUGCGAAAUGCCGCAGAACGAUGCAGUGGGAAUGGCGCGGUGAAAUCAUGCCUGCCUCAAAAGGCGAAUAUGAACGCAUUCUGCAACAACUUGAAAAUGAAACAUUUGGAAAACCACCCAGAGCAUUCCAUAACUUAGAUCAAGAGCAAAGAAUUCAGAUUGAAGUGAAACGGGUGAAAGAUUUUUGUAAACGGGCUUACGGCAAAACUCAUAUCACAAAGAAUGAAUAUCGAUAUACGACGAUUUGUGAACGAGAAAAUGCAUUUUAUGUAGAUACUGUAAAAGCUUUCCGAGACAGACGAUAUGAAUAUAAAGCAAUGCUUAAAGCAAGUAUAAACUUGAAAGCUAAAGCUGUUCUAGACGAGAUAUCGGAAGAUGAUAUUCAUGCUUUAAAAACAGCCCAGGGACGAGUUGUUCUCUACGAAAGUUUGCAACUUGCACACAAAUGCAUCUUAAAUUCAUUUUAUGGAUAUGUCAUGCGGAAAGGUGCAAGAUGGUUUUCAAUGGAAAUGGCUGGUAUAGUUUGUCAUACUGGGGCAAAUAUUAUCACUGAAGCACGGAAGCUUGUAGAACGUAUUGGGAAACCUUUGGAACUUGAUACAGAUGGAAUAUGGUGCUUGAUUCCAGGAACUUUUCCGGAGAAUAUUACUUUCACCUUGGACAAUUCUAAGCGUAAAACGGUAACUAUUUCAUAUCCUGGUGCAAUUCUAAAUGCGCUAAUUUAUGAUAAAUUUACGAACGACCAAUUUCAUCAACUUGAGCCGGAUGGAACAUAUUCUAUAACUUCCGAAAAUUCCAUAUUUUUCGAAGUUGAUGGACCAUACUUGGCGAUGAUUCUUCCAGCUUCUAGGGAGGAAGGCAAAAGGCUAAAAAAAAGAUAUGCAGUUUUUAAUUUUGAUGGUUCACUUGCUGAACUGAAAGGCUUUGAAGUAAAACGGCGUGGUGAGUUAGCAUUGAUCAAGUAUUUCCAAAGUACGGUUUUCAAAGCUUUUCUAAAGGGCAAAAAUCAUGCAGAAGCGUAUGAGCAUGCUGCGAAAGAAGCCAACUACUGGCUGGAUGUAUUAUUCUCGAAAGGCAUUAAUCUUCCAGAUUAUGAAUUAUUUGAUUUAAUUGCCGAAAAUAGGAGUAUGUCAAAAAAACUUGAUGAUUAUGGUGAACAAAAGUCAACAUCUAUUUCAACAGCGAAACGUCUUGCAGAAUUUCUCGGUGAUGACAUGGUUAAAGACGUUGGGCUUGCUUGCCGUUUUAUCAUUUCAAAGAUGCCACUUGAUGCACCUAUCGCACAAAGAGCUAUACCUUUGGCUAUAUUCCAAGCAGCACCAAAUGUUUGUGCUCAUUAUCUUCGAAAAUGGACAAAAGAUACAACAAUUACCAAAGAUAAUAUCAAUAUUCGAAAUGUUGGUAUUGAUUUAGGUUUCUUUAUUAUUCUCAUUCUUGAAAUUAUUGACUGGGAAUAUUAUAUUGAACGCUUUGGAGCCACUAUCCAAAAAAUUAUCAUAAUCCCAGCUGCCCUGCAAAACGUUCCAAAUCCAGUUCCGCGUGUUCCUUUUCCGGAUUGGUUGGAGAACAAGCGACAACAACGAAAAAAUGAUCAUAAACAGCCGAAAAUCAAUGAAAUUUUCAAAAAAACUGUUACACCGACUUUUCCACCCGAUAUUGAGAAUGUUGGCAGUUCAAGAGUUACUAAUAACAGCUCAUUGGACAAUGUUAUUCUUCCUAAUAACUCCCCAAAUGUGGAGAAGGAUUCAACACCAACUCAAAAGACCGAUCGAUGGACAGUAAUACAAAAAAAAACAAUCGUUGAAGACGGAGUUGAAGAAUGGUUACGAUAUUUAAAGGCGAAAUGGCGAAAAGAAAGAGAAGAGAAAAACCGUAGAAAACAAAGUGCAUUAUCUAAAGGAAUUACGCCAAUUAUGUCAAUGCUUGAACGUGGUAAACAGAUGAUGCGAGAUACAGUAUGGCAAAUUGUUAAGGUAUCAGAAACUUCAAGCAACGGUAUGUUAAUAUUAUGGUGUAUAAUUCUUGAUAAAAUGGUGAAAAUCAAUUUGCGAAUGCCGCGUAUCAUUUAUGUGAAUAAUCGUGAAGAAAACGGAAAUUCUGGCACACUAGUGAAACGUAUUCUUCCACGCUCAAAGCCAGUUUUUAAUUUGCGGCGAUAUGUUAUCGAUGAAAGGAUAUUUGAAUCGAGUUUAAAUCAGUUAAACAAAGAGUUAUGUGCGAUGAGAAUUGAAGGUGUAUAUGAGUCACAGGUACCAUUGCUCUUUCGAGCCUUACUUACCUUGGGCUGUAGCUGUCGAUUAAAACCGAAUUUUCAAACAAAUCCAGCUACCACAUAUGAUUUUGAACAGCUUGAACCGGAUUUCUCGGUGCAAUAUCUUCCGGAAAACAGCGUUCGUACUUUGUUCUUUUAUGAGCAUCAGCAGGACAGUCGAUCUGUCAUGGCAGUAUUCAACGCAGCCACAAGCGAAGCACACGUCGUUGUAGUAAACAAAAGUGAAUUAAAUUUGCCGAAUUUAUCGAAUAUGUAUGCUAAUGAGAGAGCAAAUUUAUCUGCUGAUGUUAUCGUUUCCUUUUUGAACCGAAAGGCUGACAUGAAUUUCACUGUAAGUCAAUGCGUCGCUGUCGAAAGAGGUGACCGAAUAAUUCAGAAAUAUAUCCGAAGUUUGCAUCAAGUUGACAGUUAUCCGACAAUGAUUGUUGUUCAAUCACGACAACAAUUGUCAACAUUGAUCAAGCGAUUACCAGCGCUUGAUAGCUAUCCUCUUAUACGAAUUCAUGCUUCUGAGCCAUCCAGUCUUUUCAAUGUUCUGGAUUGGCAACGUAUUGUCCUGAGAAGAAUCAUCAAGCAUUAUUUCAAUAUGUUCUUAUAUUUACAUCAAUAUGUAGAAGUCAGCCGCUAUUUGCAUGUUCCAAUUGGUAAUAUACCAGAAGAUUUUUCAACAUUUGGUCCAGAUAUAUUGUUUGCACGAAGUCUGAUCAGUCAGGGAUACGUUUUAUGGGCAUCACCGCUUAGCCGACCUGAUCUUGGUGGUAAAGAACUAGAUGAUUCACGUCUAAAUGCUGUUUGGUCAUCGCUUUCUGUCAGUAAGCAGUCAGUUUGUGUGAUUAAUGAGUCCAGUUUCGAAACCGAUAUAUGUGUUGAGUUAGAAUUGGGCGCGGUUGAUGUUGUAGCAGUUGUGCAAUCAGCAAGUAUCGCUGAUGCAGAAGGUGGUGCAGAUUCGGUCGGGUUCUUAAGUGGAGCUGUUUUGUCUGCAGAUGCGCUCCUUGGUUAUGUUCGAAGUAUUGCUCAGUGUGACGAAGGAGCAGCGGUAGCAGGUCCAUUAAAAGUUCUUCGGCUCUUGCUACACGACUGCAUUAAGGAUAUUCACCUAUAUGGUAGCAAAAUUGCGGAUCAAGUGAUUGUUAGUCUUGAUCGCUGGUUACGCACGCAACAUUCAUUGAUGUAUGAUCCUGCUAUUGUUCGCGUAGUUGAUAUACUAAUUACCAAGCUAAUUCUCUUGUUGGUUGCUGAACUAAAUCGUUUGGGUGGACGUAUUAUUUACGCUUCUAAUUCGCGACUUAUUAUGUGCACCAAACGUUCAACUGUUGAACAUGCACAAUCGUUUGUGAACAGCUUGCUUUUAUCACUCGAAGAGCACGCAAUUUUUGCAUUGCUCAAUGUCAAAGCAAUUAAAUUUUGGGAUGUUCUGUUGUGGGUUGAUGCGAAUGAUUAUAUUGGAAUUCUUUGGAGUAAAGAAGAAGAAAGCAACGAAGUGACUCUAAAACUUGGUACAUUCAACUUUAUUGAAGAAAGUUAUCGAAAUUUGUUUAAGCAAACAUUAAUUGGAUAUCUUGCAUUGGUGGCUCGAAAUGUAAGAUCAACUAAGAAUGUGGAGCAGCAGCAACAGUAUCGCUUAAAUCUUGUAAAGAACGAGGUUACGGAACAAAUGUUUGAUUUUCUUAAUAAUUUGUCGGCAAGUGCUGAUAUUCGACAGAAUACUGAUUUGCGAAAUUCAAUUAUUUUGAUGGUGAAAGGGAUAUCGCACUUCAUUGGACUUGACAGUGCUGUUUAUGAAUCAAUUGUAAAGCUGCGUUAUCAACUUCUGCGUAUGUUGGAUGCAUCAGAUGACGGUACAUGGCAAUCGAUGAACGUUUCCUGCAUUUUGACCCAGUUAUUUUGCUCCGUAUGCUGCCAGUCAAGUAAUUUGGAUGUAUGCCAAUCAGAAGCGUGGAUCUGUCCUAGUUGUAGAAAACAAUUUCAGUCGUCUACCAUUGAGCAACUUCUAAUAGAACGAGUGAAUCAGCUCCUGAUUGCUUACACAAUACAAGAUUUUAAGUGUACACGUUGCGGAGCGAUUCGAAAAUAUAAUCUGUCCCUUUUCUGCGAUUGUUGCGGUGUUGAGGAAAACGUUAUAUCACCUGACGAACUUCGUUUCAACCUGGAAACGAUUGGAAAAGUAGCUCAGCAACAUAACCUUACACGUUUAGCUGAAUUAUGUGAAUGGACUUUAUUCUGA